AUGGGGCCGAUGAAUAUGCUAGCUGUUUGCCUUUCAGAACGCUGCUAUUCAGUACCGGAGCUCCACGAGACGCCGACUCGCGGCGAGGCCGAGGCCGAGGCCCAGCCCCUAAUAAGCCGCUUCUGCCUGCGCGCCAUCAGUUGUGGAGCCAUCAGGGCUCCACCGAGAUAUGCUGUGUCUUCGGCAUCACUCCAACUCGAGUCCUGUCAGUGGCUUCGCCUCUUCUGA